CGAUUCCUGGAACAGCUGAACAAAAAAAAAAAAAAAAGAAAGAAGAAAAAACCCCAGCUCUGGCUGUUUCAAGAUCCCCCAUUAGAAAAUGUGCCUGAUUUGUGGCCAAUGCUUUGGGAUGUAAAAAACUGAAGGGGUAGCUAUGGAGAUAGAGAGAGCAUUGCUGGCUGCUUCCUUUGACAGGUGUUGAGUAGGAAAAGUCUCAAACAAGCAUGUAUGCCAAAGGGAAAGGAUCCACUGUCCCUUCUGAUAGCCAGGCAAGGGAAAAAUUAGCUUUAUAUGUGUAUGAGUAUUUGCUGCAUGUAGGCGCUCAGAAAUCUGCACAGACUUUCCUGUCAGAGAUACGAUGGGAGAAAAAUAUCACUUUAGGAGAGCCUCCUGGGUUUUUACAUUCUUGGUGGUGCGUAUUUUGGGAUUUGUACUGUGCAGCACCUGACAGAAGAGAGACAUGUGAACACUCGAGUGAAGCCAAGGCGUUCCAUGAUUAUAGUGCAGCUGCUGCUCCCAGUCCUGUGAUGGGCAACAUGCCUCCAAAUGAUGGAAUGCCAGGAGGACCCAUGCCACCAGGGUUCUUUCAGGGACCUCCAGGUUCCCAGCCAUCACCUCAUGCACAACCUCCUCCACACAACCCCAACAACCCUAUGAUGGGCCCACACAGUCAGCCAUUCAUGUCCCCUCGGUAUCCUGGUGGCCCUCGACCAUCUCUCAGAAUGCCAAAUCAGCCCCCUGUUGGGGUUCCAGGUUCACAGCCUUUGCUACCAAACUCUAUGGAUCCCACACGGCCACAAGGACAUCCAAACAUGGGAGGGCCCAUGCAGAGAAUGAACCCACCAAGAGGCAUGGCAGCUAUGGGACCUCAGAACUACAGCAGUGGAAUGAGGCCCCCUCCAAACUCGUUAGGUGGUCCUGGCAUGCCAGGAAUGAACAUGGGCCCAGGAGGGAGAGGUCCCUGGCCGAAUCCCAAUGCUAAUUCGAUAGCGUAUUCAUCGUCAUCACCAGGAAACUACGUGGGUCCGCCUGGUGGUGGGGGUCCACCUGGAACGCCCAUAAUGCCCAGCCCAGGAGACUCUACAAAUUCCAGUGAGAACAUGUACACGAUGAUGAACCCCAUAGGACCCGGUGGGAGCAGGCCAAAUUUCCCAAUGGGUCCGGGUCCUGAUGGCCCAAUGGGAGGAAUGGGUGCAAUGGAACCUCAUCAUAUGAAUGGAUCGUUAGGCUCUGGAGAUAUGGAUGUGUUGCCAAAGAACUCUCCAAAUAACAUGGCAGGGAUGAAUAACCCUCCAGGAACGCCACGUGAUGACGGAGAGAUGGGCGGGAACUUCUUAAACCCCUUCCAAAGCGAAAGCUACUCACCCAGCAUGACCAUGAGCGUGUGAUAUCCUCCCAUACACCAGUGCAUUGAGCCUCUCCAGUGGAGGACUAUCAGUGUCCAAGCAGUGAGGAUGACAAAUUAGUACAUUGUAUAUUUAAAAGCAGGAAAGCAUCCACCCUACAGGCUCCUUUGCAUUCUUUUUAAAGACACAAAAAUAUCCUUACAAAGCAAAUGACUGGACUGCAUUUCUGCAAUGACUGUACAUGUUAAACAAUGGUGUGGGAGGGACAUUUCAGCCACACCUUGGUGAAGUUGUUUCUUACUCUACUGCCCAGUUCCAACUUGCAGAGACAAGAGGAUCUUUCCUGGAUGUUCCAAAACAGCUAGUGAAGUUGGGGUUCAAAUUCAGCCGACGUAUUGUGAAUAACCAUCUCAGACCACCAAGAUCCAUAGCUUGGUUUCCAAUGAGUAUUGGGAGAAUUCAACAGUCAUAACAUAUGGACUUCUUUUGUGCCAGGAAAAUAGUCCUUCUGACAUUGAAGAAGUUACAGCCGACACCUGUGCAAGUUUUCUGGUUUUAUUUAUUAUUAAAUUUCUUACUGCUUACUUAA